AAAAGUUAUGUGAUGUUUGAACGCAUCCUAUGUUUUACCUCUUCGGUGUCCAGUCCGUCCGAAUCAUGACAAUCGGAAUAAGAAGUAUUUCGAAGCUUGUUGUGCCUGUCGUUGGUAAUUUAUUUUGCAUUUCAAGAGCGCAAUUAAGUACCUUAAAAAUGGCCACUGCAAAUAAUCCUGACUACAAAUCUGCUGUAUCAAUCCACGAGUUCACAGUGAAAAAUAUCAAAGGGGAAGAUGUGAAGUUGGAGACAUACAAAGGACAUGUCUGCAUCAUUGUUAAUGUUGCAUCCCAAUGUGGGCUGACUGCGAAUAACUACAAGCAACUUAAUGAGUUGUAUGAUCAAUAUGCUGAGAGCAAAGGCCUCAAGAUUCUGGCAUUCCCAUGCAACCAGUUUGCUGGACAAGAGCCUGGCAACCCCGAAGAGAUUGUUUGCUUCAUCUCUGAGCGUAAAGUCAAGUUUGACAUGUUCGAGAAGGUGGAUGUGAAUGGAGAUAACGCCAGUCCAUUGUGGAAGUUCUUGAAGCACAAACAAGGCGGAACCCUCGGAAACUUCAUCAAAUGGAAUUUCACAAAAUUCAUUGUUGACAAGAAUGGAGUUCCAGUUGAGCGUCACGGCCCUAAUGUAGAUCCCCUCGAUUUGGUCAAAUCUUUGGAGAAGUACUGGUGAAGAAAUGUGAAAACGAUAGUUUGUAAUAUUUCCUUAAGAUCAUGUGUAACAACUUGUUUUGUUUGGUUAGCCUUAACUUUCUCAAUUUCGCCUGGUAGAUAUGUGGCUGAUGGUUAAAUAUCUUAAAAUCCUAUGGCACUGAAUACCUUUCUCUUAUUAAAACUUUAAUAAUAUUGAUGUUGAUAUCAUUCUAUAUUUCUCAAGUGUUUAGCUACAAUGUACGUUUUUACUGGUAAUCUAUCUUAAUCUUUAUGUACAGUCAACAGCACAUCAAUCUACCAAAAUGUAUGGCAAGACUAGUGUUGGUCCCUAUUACUACGAGAUACAAAAUAUCCAAGCAGGGUAACUUGACAAGGUGUAAAAUCAAAUCAUUGCUUAUUUACAAUGAUUUGAUUUUAAAAUUGAUUUAACUUGGGCAAAGUUUUUAAUUACUGGGGAAUAGUGAUAAUUCAUUAUUCAAAAGUCUGCAUUUUUCGGAAAUAAAAAUACAUUGACAAUUUGAUUAUUUAUGUAGGUAUUUGGACGACCAAACUUGAUUUUUUUUGUUAUGUUACUUGAAGACAAAGAACAUUGUCUUUUCUUGGAAAUUUACUUUAUGGUUAUAGCUUUUUGUUUUUCAUUACUUGUUUUGAAACGUUUUUUAUCUACACCUUUGCGCUUACAGGACAUUGGGAUCGUUUUUGUUCUGGGAAUUUCGUAACUGUAGUAAUGUAUGAUUUUUAAAGCAUUUAUUUUUAGAGUUGUAAUCUACUUGUGUGAUUAUAUAAUAAUGCUAUGCCACACAACAUCACAAAUUCGCAAACAAUUAGAUUAGCUCUAGUUAUAUAUCUAUUAAACUUUAUCUUUUGAGUUAUGAAGUACAAGUUACUCAUUUAUUAACAACGUUUGUAUAUCUUGAUAGUAUAGUUAUAUGCAUUGUUAAAAACUAAAAUAAACUAUAAUUUAUUA